AGUGACUCAUCAAAUCCUUCUGUUUUUCCUGCUAUUGCAGCUGGAAAUAUCCAAAAUAUUUUUGUUCAUUUUAUUAAGCGAAUAGUGCUUGUGAUUCCUUUUGAACAAAAUUUCCUCUUUCCACGCUUCAUGAUAGGUGAACUUUUCGCUGGAGAUACUUAUUGAACAUGUUGCUUAGAAUUGCCGGGUCACUAAGCGACAUAUAUGAACGGGGAGACAAAUAUAGCGCAUUGUGGUGCUGUGGCGGCUGAGAAUAGGGCUGCUGAGAGGACUGUUUAAAAUCGCUUAUGAUGUCAGUACAGACGAUGCAGCCGGGCGCCCGGGAGACGGCCGCCGGCGGGCCGCGGCAGCGCUACUUCUACCCGUACGCCGACAACGGCGGCACCGUGGUGGCCAUCGCCGGCGACGACUUCGUGGUGGUCGCCUCCGACACGCGGCUCAGCUCCGGCUACAGCAUCUACACGCGCGACCAGAAGAAGACGUUCCAGCUGUCAGAACGUACCAUCCUGGGCAGCACCGGCUGCUGGUGUGACGUGCUAACCAUGACCAAGGUGCUGCGCGCGCGCAUGCAGAUGUACCGCCACGAGCACAACAAGGCCAUGUCGACGGGCGCCGUGGCGCAGCUGCUGUCUACCAUGCUCUACCACAAGCGCUUCUUCCCGUACUACGUGUCCAAUGUGUUGGCGGGUCUGGAUGAGAACGGAAAGGGCAUUGUGUACCACUAUGACCCUGUCGGCCACCACGACCCUGGCAAAUGCUAUACCGGAGGAUCUGGAGGAGCGCUGAUCCAGCCGCUGCUCGACAACCAGAUCAACUACAAGAACCAGGAGAACGUGACGCCCGAGCCGCUGACCGUGAAGAAGACGGUCAGCAUCAUCAAGGACGUGUUCACCUCGGCUUGCGAGCGCGACAUCUACACAGGUGACGCCGUGGCCAUCCAGGUCAUCACCAAGGACGGCAUCACCGAGGAGUUGUUCCCCCUGCGCCGCGACUGAGGCUGAGCGAACGGCCGAUCUCGCCACACUGUCCCUGCGUUGCUGUCCGCUUCUGCAUAUGAUGAUAAUACAGUUGAACUUGUGGAGGUGUUA